AUGGCAUCAGUGAAGUAUGCACUUCACGUUCAACGGGAUGGUGAUUUUGACAGUUCACCGAUUUCGUUGAGUGCUACUGCUGUGGUUGCUCUCAUAGCCAUGGGGUGCCCUAUACUGAUGAUCCACUUGGCUGAUUGGGUGGCCCAGAACACCCAUCGACGCGAAAGUCAGGAGAGGGUGUACAGCGUCGUGGACCUCUUCUGUGGGAAGCGGGCCAUCUUCGAAGCUUUCCGUUGCAAGAACAAGCGGGCGGCUUUCUAUGACCGAGAGCUACAUCCGAACAGCAAUGACAUUCUAAGCACGCCUGGCUUCAUCCGGGCUAUAUCCUACAUUCUGCAAUUGAAGCAGAACGGGCUUCUGCACUGUGGGCCUCCGUGCAGUUCAUGGGUCUGGGUUUCAAGGGGGUCAACAAAAAGAAGCAAGUACAAUGUUCUAGGUUCAACAACGUCACCAUCAGCCAUUGAAGGCAACAGGAUCACGGCUCGACUCUGCCUCUUGGUGAUGCUAGCGGUGGCUCGCUUCUGCCAUGUUUGCAUUGAGCAACCUCGUACUAGUCUCAUGACAAAGUUCCCAGCAUUUAUCAAGCUGUCACUGAAGCUGCGGAAACUAUUUGGCAUCGAGUGGUGCCAACAGAAUUUUUGGAUGGCGACCUAUGGAAGCCCGACAAUGAAACCAUCAGUGGUGUUCGGUACAGCGCCUUGGCUGGGGCGCGUGUACAAGAAGUUGAGUGCUCGGAAGCUACGCAAGCUGAAGUCGAGCAAACAGUACAAAAAAUUUCAGAUGGUUCGACGGUACCAAGAUCGUUCGGGGCAGUCUCGGGUGCAAGGUGGUCGAGACAUGACCAAGUCAAGCGCUUACCCCAAGAACUAUGGCCGGCGAGUGGAGUCGCUACAUGCUGACCACAUUGCCAUUGACUCAGCCAAUAUCAUCCGACACAUGUAA